CCGUAUGCGGACGUGUGCGUGGGGACAACGAUUCUAUUCAACCUUAACUUAGACCUGCCCUGUUAAUUAAGCCAGCAUGUCGGUACCUGCGGGAGACGUCGAAAAGGGAAAGAAGUUGUUCAUACAGAGAUGUUCACAGUGUCACACAACGGAAAAAGGUGGACCCCAUAAGACUGGUCCAAAUCUUAAUGGAUUAUUCGGCCGCAAAACCGGUCAAGCUGCUGGCUUUUCGUAUACCGACGCUAACAGGUCGAAGGGCAUUACCUGGGGGGAGGACACCCUCUUUGAGUACUUGCUUGAUCCCAAAAAGUACAUUCCAGGCACAAAAAUGGUAUUUGCGGGUCUGAAGAAGCCCCAAGAUCGUGCUGAUCUAAUCGCUUAUUUGAAGGAGGCUACGAAAUAAACGAGACGAACGAUAUAGUGGAAAUAAAAAAUAAACGCAUACUGCAUGUGAACACAGCACACAUACAAACAAAAAACAUAAGCCAUAUCGAUAAUAUAGUAUAUAAUUGUUUUGUCCAUUACGAAAUUCUCAUUUAAAAACGUCUGAAAUGCAAACGAAGGAUCAUAUAUAUGCAAAAAUAUAGACGACCCUGAUGGUGACAGGUACUAUUGGUCCCGCGUGUGACAAAAGUUGCCUAUUAAUAACACUUGCCUAUACAGCCGUAAUUUGUAAGUUUUGUCAUGUUUAUGCCCAAAAAAGUACUCUAGAAAAAAAUUGGUGAAAUUGUAACGCGUUCGCGAUGAUUUAAUUAUAGUAGUAAUAAAUUUUUAUGAAUCUUAUUAA